AUGAAGAGAGCUCCCAUCAGCAAUUCGACGGACCGCUGCAGCGAGCCCUUCGGCAUGGCGUGCGAGGGAGUGAACGUCAACCCACAGACCUACAACGGCAGCUUGGCCGGAUGCACCGUCAACAAGGUGAACUGCGCAAGUGGACCCAUCCCCACGCUGGCCAAGGACGAGUGUGUCCUGCGUGACUUGACGUGCAAUGGUGCCCACGUUGGUGCGGCUGAUGCCCCGCCCGGCGCUGCGGCCACCUGCUCGGUCUACCAGCUGAUGUGCAACAACACUCUGUUGAACUUUGAUCCCAGCAUGACUGCCUGCGACGGCAAGGUCGGCGAGGAAAAGUGCGAGUCGGUGUGCAAGGACGCGGGAGAUGUGUGCAUGUGCACGCUCGAUCGCGUCGGCAGUACCUGCGCCCGGUGGCGCCCCUACACGUGCUCCUUCCGCCUGCUCUCGCCGACGCCCAACUGCAAGCCCAUUCCCGGAGUCGACAGCGAUCCGGUGUGCUUUGUGUUCCACCGCACGCAGACGGUAAAGUUCGAGUACAGCAUCGACUGCGCCUUCGACAACGAACUCGACCCGCUCGCGCUCAACUCACAGGAAUUCGAGUACUUCCUUCGCACAGACAAGUUCGCGGUGAGCAAGGCCCAGACGGAUUUGUGGACCUUCCAGGCACAGCUGAAGGUGUUCGACUUCAAGUGGAUCACCGACCGCACCGCCACUCAGGUCACGGACCUGACGCCGCUGCAGCUGGCGGGCAACAACAGCGUUGCGUUCAACCUCAACUUCGAGCAGAUCCCCGAACGCUUCUUCGCUGGCAACCGACUCUACUUUGAGUUUGGACUGUCGCGGGACUCGGCUGUGGCGGGACGCACGAUCAAGUACGACCGGCGCUUCCUGGACUUCGAGGGACUCCACAUCUCGCGCACGAAUCACAGCGCACUCAGCGCCGUGCAGAUCUCGUGGAUCAUCGCCAUCUCGAUCUUUGGUUUCUUCUUCCUGGUGCUGGUGGGCUACUGGAUCCGGAACAAGAUUAUCGCUUGCCGUCGUCCCAAGGAGCACGAUUACUAA